GUAGUGAGGGCGGGAGGGAGUGAGUCACUGAGCGUGUGUGAGGGAGGGAAGGAGCAAGCGGGCGAGCGAGCAGCCCGCGCCGUUCGCCCGCAGCUCCAGCCAGGCCCCGCCGCCGCCCCGCAGCCCAGCGCCGAGGCCGGGCCGAGCCGAGCUGGGUCGGGCCCGGGCCAUGCUGCUCACCGUGUACUGUGUGCGGAGGGACCUCUCCGAGGUGACCUUUUCCCUCCAGGUCGACGCCGACUUCGAGCUGCACAACUUCCGCGCGCUGUGCGAGCUCGAGUCCGGCAUCCCCGCAGCCGAGAGCCAGAUUGUCUAUGCUGAAAGACCACUCACAGACAACCACAGAUCGCUGGCUUCCUACGGCUUGAAAGAUGGGGACGUUGUGAUUUUACGACAGAAGGAGAACGCCGACCCUCGACCUCCAGUGCAGUUCCCAAACUUACCCCGAAUAGACUUCCGUAGUAUAGCCGUGCCUGGCACGUCAGGCUCCCGGCAGCGCCAGCCACCAGGGGCACAGCAGUCCCACUCAUCUCCUGGAGACAUAGCUUCAUCUCCUCAGGGCUUGGACAAUCCAGCCUUGCUCCGAGACAUGUUGCUGGCCAACCCCCAUGAGCUGUCCUUGCUGAAGGAACGCAAUCCACCCCUGGCAGAUGCUCUGCUCAGUGGAGACCUUGAGAAAUUUUCUAGGGUCCUGGUGGAGCAGCAGCAGGACCGAGCCCGGAGAGAGCAAGAAAGGAUUCGUCUCUUUUCUGCUGACCCUUUUGAUCUUGAAGCUCAGGCAAAAAUAGAAGAAGAUAUAAGGCAACAGAACAUUGAGGAAAACAUGACAAUAGCUAUGGAAGAGGCUCCUGAAAGUUUUGGUCAAGUGGUGAUGCUUUAUAUUAACUGCAAAGUGAAUGGACAUCCUGUGAAAGCCUUUGUUGACUCAGGUGCCCAGAUGACUAUUAUGAGCCAAGCUUGUGCAGAAAGGUGUAAUAUAAUGAGGCUGGUGGACCGUCGGUGGGCAGGGAUCGCCAAAGGAGUGGGCACUCAGAAGAUUAUUGGAAGGGUACAUCUAGCUCAGGUUCAGAUUGAAGGAGAUUUCCUGGCGUGUUCUUUCUCUAUACUUGAGGAACAGCCCAUGGACAUGCUUCUGGGACUGGACAUGCUGAAGCGGCAUCAGUGUUCCAUUGACCUCAAGAAAAAUGUGCUCGUGAUCGGCACCACAGGCUCUCAGACCACCUUCCUUCCCGAGGGAGAGUUACCAGAGUGUGCCCGAUUGGCAUACGGGGCUGGGCGAGAGGACGUGCGGCCGGAGGAGAUUGCAGACCAAGAAUUAGCAGAAGCUCUUCAGAAAUCCGUAGAGGAUGCAGAGCGUCAGAAGCCAUGAUGCAUGUAGUGUGUGUGUACUGCAGCUGGAGUGGGCCCCAGACCAGAGAAAAGCGGUAAAGAAACUACCUCACUGGGAAUGUCAUCAUUACCAACUUCAAAUGGAUUUAACCAUCCAGCCCAUCCUUCAGGACAGAGUCCUGAGAUUGGUAAUCCUAUGAGUCUUGCUCACUCUGUCUCUGCUUCAGUCUGCCCUAUCAAGCCCAGUGACCCCAACAGCAUCGAACCUAAAGCUGUGAAGGCUUUGAAGGCUUCAGCUGAAUUCCAGAUAACCUCUGAAAAGAAAGAACAUCUUCCUCUGCAGGAUCUUUCUGAUAGUGCUUCUUCAGCAGACAGUGCUCCAGCAGAUCAGAGUCCAGCCAUGCCUUUGCGGAAUUCCUCUGAAGAAGCCAUUGUUGCCGAUAAUAUGGAGAAAUCUGCUGAUAGAAGCACCCAGGGCCUCAGAUCUCAUCUCCACACAAGACAGCAAGCUAGUGUAUCUGUCACAACUACUAGGGUGCAAGAACCACCGGGGUUUCUAGGUGAAAAGGGUUGGCAUCCAGAAAAUCAGAACCUGUGUCAGGUGAAUGGCCUUCAGCAGCACAAAGAACCAGGGAGUGAACAGCACGGGGUUGGACAACAGAAUGCUCUAAAUGACCGAGAACAUCUCUGUAACACAGAGGACUUUGAACUUCUUGGAGAAAGGCAACAGAAUCAACAAAGAAGUGUUGAUUUGGAAUCGACAAUGAAAGAAGACAGGCUACAACAGAAUGUGGACCUUCCAGGUACAGAGGAAAAUACUCUACCUUCAGGAUGCUUUGGCUGCUCAAACUCAGAAACACUUAUGGAAGUAGAUACAGUUGAAGAGUCCCUAGUUGCUGUGCUUAAUUCAGCAGAUGGUCAGCAUGCCAGUGUCAAGAACAUCGGUGCAUCUGCUCUCACCUUAGAUAAUCCCUUGAUGGAAGUAGAAACAUCAAAAUGUAACCCUUCGUCUGAAAUUUUGAGUAAUUCAGUUUGCACUCAGGAUUUACAGCUCCCAGACAGUAAUGUUGAAAUGUCUGGAACAAGUAAAGAAGAUGGGGAUUGCUCCCCCUCUUUAAGUCUUUGUGGCAGUUCUCAGCCCUCUGUGGAGUCAGCAGAGGAAUCUUGCUCAUCUUUAACAGCAGCCUUGAAGGAACUCCAUGAACUUCUGGUCAUUAGUAGUAAACCAGCUUCAGAAAAUAUAUCUGGGGAAGUUAUCUGUCAGUCCGAAAUGGUAACUGAGGGCCCAACAGUUAUUAAGGACCUUUCUGAAAGAUGGACCCAAAGUGAACAUCUUACAGCUACCCAGGAUAAAGAGCAUUCACAGGUCACCCUUCGUCAGAGCAUAUCUGUGUCAGUGAGGGCAGAGAACUUACCAGACACUUCAAAUGGUGCUGGAGUAGAUGCAGUAGAAAAUAGUACCGUAAGGGAUCCGGGCGAUGGCCUAGUACCGGAUAAGGAAAGUGUCCCCGAGCCUAGGGAAUCUGGAAAGGAGAGCAGCUCUGCCACUCUAGCCUCAGCUGAAACGUCUCAUCAGUCGCACUGCACCUUAGGUGUAGACAUUCCACCCAAACGCUUAGCUGGUGAGGAGGAUGCAGUCAGUCACACUUGUGAGCAAGCGAAGUCCUUGUCCAAUUUCAUACUGGUUCAAGAUUUGGGCCAGGGCACACACAAGCCAGUGCCAGACAGGCCUGAGACCAGAGAAGAUGUCUGUCCCGAAGCUGCAGGACCACUUCUUGAAUGUGAACCGCCUCCCAGCCAGCCAUCAAGUCCCUCCAUUCUUUCACCAUUAAUUUUCCCCGCCGCAGACAUUGACCGCAUUCUCCGUGCCGGCUUCACUUUGCAGGAAGCUCUUGGGGCUUUGCAUCGAGUUGGUGGAAAUGCAGACCUUGCACUUCUUGUUUUGCUAGCAAAGAACAUUGUAGUUCCUACAUAACCAUGGAAAAGGGGGCUAGACCAUACUCCAUUCCCUUUAAAAAAGCUAUACACGCACACACACACACGCACACACUCACCACAUAUACAGAAUAUGUAGAAACCUGCAAGCAGAAUGUUGAGCCAGAUUUUUUUUAAGGAUUUUUUUCGGCCAAAGUAACUUAUCUCUUGUCUGAUGAAUUUGUCUAUUCUCUUUGUUAAAAUUUGGGCCUUUUUAAAUGUAUUGGCAGUAAUGUGCAUACAAAAGCUUUUUAUUAUCAUUAAGAUGAUGUAUUCUGGAAUAAAAUUGAUGGUUUUGUGUAUAG